GCUCUCGCGCAGUCGUGCUUAAAGCUGAAAGCUCACCUGCCGGGCUUCCGUGGCCGUGAGCCGCCGUGCAGCUGAUUUAACAGGAUAACCAGACUAAUUGCCUCUCCCGAUCUUGCCCUUGAUUGAUUUCCGUCGAACAUUCUUCCAAUCACUGUCAUGAUUUUCUUCUUUCCUGCUGUUUGAAAGCGACCGGCUGCAGGUGUUUUUGUUUUUUCUUUUCUUUUUUUGGUUUUAUUUUUGCGCUCCAAUUUGCGCCAGCGAGGACUGGCAAUAUGUAAUUUGGGGACAGACACUGCGUUUUUCUUUUUUUUCUUUUUGGAGAAGUGGACUAUCUCUCUCCUGGAAUUCCUUAUUGUAUUCUAUUUUUUUUUAAACCCUUUCUGCUUUACUCUGUCGACCGGAGCAGAUUCGGAUACACCGUGAUGGUGUGGGGCUAUUAGAACUAACCACAAAGUGUACGCCAUCAUUUGGAAACUGCUUGUUGAGCCUCCUCUGUUGUGUGGAGCUGUUCACGGCUGCAGUACGGCAGUAGAAGUGGACCGCUGAAAGUCUUCUUCUGUAUCCUUCAUUCAAAACGACUGAUAAAAAAAAAAAUGAAAGCUCCCAUCCCUCUUCUGAUCCUGCUUCAUGCUGUUGUGGUCCACUGCCUGAAAGUUGUGUCGAAGAGAGGCUCAGUGGAAGGCUGCACAGACUGGUCGGUGGACUACCUGAAAUACAAAGUGCUUCUGGGGGAACCUGUAAGGAUUAAAUGCGCUUUAUUCUAUGGAUAUAUUCGGGCCAACUACACCCAUGCACAGAGCACAGGACUUAGCCUUAUGUGGUACAAAAGCGCAGGACACGGGGACUUUGAGGAACCCAUUAGUUUCGAUGGCACAAGGAUGAGCAAAGAAGAGGACGCUAUAUGGUUCCGACCAGCAGAGUUGGACGAUGUUGGAUACUAUUCCUGUGUCUUAAGGAACUCCACGUAUUGCAUGAAGGUGUCCAUGUCCCUCACGGUGGCGGAGAAUGACACAGACCUCUGCUACAACUCCAAAAUGAGGUUCUUUGAGAAGGCGGAGCUGAGCAAAAGCAAAGACAUCAUCUGCCCAGGCAUUGAGGAUUAUGUACAGCAAGGAAUGGAGCCUGAGAUCGUGUGGUACAAGGAGUGCAAGCCAAAGCAGUGGAGACAAACCAUUGAAAGGAAGAAGGACAUUCUCUCCAUCAAGGAAGUACGGGAAGAUGACAUUGGGAAUUACACGUGUGAAGUGCCGUUUGGGAACUUUGUGGUGCGAAGGACUACUGAGCUAUCAGUCACAGCUCCCCUGACAGACAAGCCGCCAAAAAUCCUUUUCCCUUCAGAGAGCCAAAUGAGCAUCAUAGAAAUGGCAAUAGGAAGUCCGGUUAACUUGACGUGCAGAGCGUUCUUUGGAUACAGCGGAGACGUCAGUCCACUCAUCUAUUGGAUGAAGGGGGAGAAGUUUAUCGAAGACCUGGAUGAGGAGAGGAUUCAGGAGAGCGAAGUCAAGACAAUCCGGGAGCACCUGGGAGAGCAGGAGGUUUCGAUCUCUCUGACCAUCGAGUCUCUGGAGGAGGCCGACCUGGGCAACUACUCCUGCUACGUGGAGAAUGGCAACGGGCGGCGACAGGCCAACGUCCAACUCGUCAAGAAAGCGGAGCUGAUGUACACUGUGGAGCUUGCCGGAGGUCUGGGAGCCAUCCUGAUGCUGCUCAUCUGCCUCGUGACGCUGUACAAGUGCUACCGGAUCGAGCUCAUGCUCUUCUACAGGAACCACUUCGGCAGCGAGGAUAUAGAUGGAGAUAACAAGGACUACGACGCCUACUUGUCCUACACCAAAGUGGACCCGGACCAGUGGAGCCAGGAGACCCGAGAGGAGGAGCGCUUUGCCCUGGAGAUCCUCCCCGACGUGCUGGAGAAGCAUUAUGGGUAUAAACUCUUCAUUCCAGACAGGGACUUGAUCCCCACAGGAAGUUUCACCAAUGAUCAUUUCCAGGAUGACACAAGACUACUUAGAGCCUACAUCGAGGACGUAGCGCGCUGCGUGGACCAGAGCAAGCGGCUCAUCAUCGUCAUGACCCCCAGCUAUGUGGUGCGGAGGGGGUGGAGCAUCUUUGAGCUGGAGACGCGGCUGCGCAACAUGCUGGUGACCGGCGAGAUCAAAGUAAUCCUGAUCGAGUGUGCCGAGCUGCGCGGCAUCAUGAACUACCAGGAAGUGGAGGCCCUCAAACACACCAUCAAGAUGCUCACGGUCAUCAAGUGGCGCGGACCGUCCAGCAACAAGCUCACCUCCAAGUUCUGGAAGCAGCUGCUGUAUGAAAUGCCCUUCAAGCGCAUGGAGCCCCUGAGCAUCUCCCACGAGCAGGUGCUGGACGUCAGCGAGCAGGGCCCCUUCGGGGAGCUCCAGACCGUCUCGGCCAUCUCCAUGGCGGCGGCCACCUCCACCGCCAUGGCGACGGCGCACCCGGACUUACGCUCGACCUUUCACAACUCUUGCCACACCCAGAUGAGGCAGAAACACUAUUACCGUAGCUACGACUACGACCUGCCACAAGGCGGCACGCUCCCGCCGCUGUCCUCGCUAGGCAACCAGCACACCUACUGCAACAUCCCCAUGACGCUCAUCAACGGACAGCGGCCGCAGUCCAAGUCACCCCGGCAGCAGAGCCUGGAAGAGGCCCACGGCAACAACGCCAUGCUGCCGCUGCUUCCCAGAGAGACCAGUAUAUCUAGCGUUAUAUGGUGACAGCGCCGGGCGGGGUAGACUGUGGAUCUUUAUGAUGUCUGUCACAGGGAGGACUAACCACUGGCACUCAGACCCUGAAAGGAGCCAGGUGAACCUAAAUGGCACUAAGCUACUUGCUGCUGUUGAAUUUUGCACCAGGAAACAACCGAAGGAGGGGAGGGGCUUCAAACUGCUGGAGAAGGUGGUGGCAAUGUUUUCUUUUUUGUUUGUUUGUUUGUUUGUUUUUUGUCCAAUUCGAGCUUUUAUUGAAACUGAACAUCAACAAAAAAAGAAGAAGAAGAAGCAAGGAGAACUUUUUUUGUAUGCCUGUAUAAACACUCACGUAACACAAGCCAACACCUAUGAUCAUUUACCCCGAGAGUCGAGGAAUACAGGGUCCUGUACAUACGUUUUUCUAAUUCUUUGUAGCAACAGUGUUUUGGGACUUGUUUCUUCUUUCUUUGGGACUCAUUUUUAUUAUUUUAUGUUUUUUAUUCUUUUCUUUCAGUUUGUACAAAAAGUGAAGCAGUGAAGGCCUGUGAGACGUGUCGGUUAAACCGUUGUUACCUUUAUUUUUUUCAU